CCUCCGGUCCCGUCCGUCUCUCCCCGCUCGGCCAUGGCGUUGGCCGCGCUGCUCCUGCUGCUGCUGCAGCUGCUGGCGCCGUGCGCGGCGGAGCCCCCGGAGCCGGCCGAGCCUCCCGACGCGCUGUUCGCCGCCGGCUCCGAGGCGUACGCGCGCGGGGACUGGCCCGCCGUGAUCCUGCACAUGGAGCGGGCGCUGCGGGCCCGGGGGGCGCUGCGGGCCCAGCUCGUGCGCUGCCGGCUGCGCUGCGCCAACAGCAGCGCCUGGCCCGCGGGGAAACCGGGCCCGCCGCCCGCCCUGCGCGACCUCCUCUUCUUCCGGCAGCUGCUGCGCCGCGCCGCCUGCCUGCGGGCCUGCGCCCCCGGCGCCCCGUCCCGCUACCUGCUCAGCGAGGAGCUGGAGCUCGAGUUCCGCAAGCGCAGCCCCUACAACUACCUGCAGGUGGCCUACUUCAAGAUCCACAAGAUCGAUAAGGCUGUGGCUGCCGCUCAUACCUUCUUUGUUGGGAACCCUGACCAUGUGGAGAUGAGGCAGAACCUGGAGUAUUACCAGAUGAUGGCAGGAGUCAAAGAGUCGGACUUCACAGACCUGGAGGCCAAGCCUCACAUGCACGAGUUCCGCCUGGGUGUGAAGUUUUACACAGAGGAGCAGCCAGAACCAGCCAUUCUGCAUAUGGAGAAGGCUCUGGAGGAAUAUUUUGUAGCUGACACCGAAUGUCGAGCUCUCUGUGAGGGGCCCUACGAUUACGAAGGCUACAACUACCUGGAAUACAGUGCUGACCUGGUCCAGGCUAUUACGGAUCAUUACGUGCAGGUGCUGAGCUGUAAACAGAGCUGUGUUACAGAACUAGCCUCCCAGCCGGGCCAGGACAAGCCCAUUGAGGAUUUCCUUCCAUCCCACUUCAACUACCUGCAAUUUGCCUAUUACAACAGUGGGAAUUACGAGAAAGCCAUUGAAUGCGCCAAGACCUACUUGCUUUUCUUCCCUAAUGAUGAAGUGAUGAAUCAGAACUUGGCCUACUACACGGCUGUCCUUGGGGAAAGGCUGGCUGCACCUAUCAAUCCUCGAGAAAAUAUCCAGGUGUAUCACCAGCGCAGCCUGCUGGAGAAGGAGCUGCUCUUUUUCAGCUACGAUGCCUUCGGGAUUCCAUUUGUGGACCCGGACACGUGGACCCCAGAGGAGGUGAUCCCAAAGAGGCUGCGCGAGAAGCAGAAGGUGGAGCGCGAGACAGCAGCUCGAAUCUCCGAGGAGAUCAGCAACCUGAUGAAAGAGAUAGAGACGCUGGUGGAGGAGAAAACCAGAGAGUCUGCGGACAUGAGCAAGUUCAUGCGGGAAGGUGGGCCCCUGCUGUACGACGGGCUCAGUAUCACCAUGAACUCCCGGCUGCUGAAUGGCUCUCAGCGAGUGGUGGUGGAUGGAGUCAUCUCUGAGGAGGAGUGUCUGGAACUGCAGAAACUCACCAACGCAGCUGCGUCUGCUGGGGAUGGCUAUCGCGGGAAAACCUCCCCUCACACUCCUAGCGAGACCUUCUAUGGCGUGACGGUCUAUAAGUCCCUCAAGCUGGGGCAGGAGGGCAAGGUGUCCAUGCACAGUGCCCGGCUCUACUACAAUGUGACGGAGAAGGUGCGGCGCGUGAUGGAGUCCUACUUCCGCCUGGACACCCCACUCUAUUUUUCCUACUCUCACCUGGUGUGCCGCACGGCCAUCGCAGAUAAGCAAGCGGACCGGACGGACUCCAGCCACGCCGUGCACGUGGAUAACUGCAUCCUCAAUGCAGAGGCCAUGGUGUGCGUCAAGGAGCCGCCGGCAUACACAUUCCGGGACUACAGUGUCAUCCUGUAUCUCAAUGGGGACUUUGAAGGAGGAGCCUUUUACUUCACCGAACUGGAUGCCACCACUGUGACUGCAGAGGUGCAGCCACAGUGUGGGCGUGCUGUCGGCUUCUCCUCUGGCUCGGAGAACCCUCACGGGGUGAAGGCCGUGACCAAGGGCCAGCGGUGUGCCAUCGCCCUGUGGUUCACUCUGGACCCGCGACACAGCGAACGAGAGCGUGUGCAGGCCGAUGACCUGGUGAAGAUGCUCUUCAACACAGAGGAGGUGGAUUUGUCUCAGCUGAAGGGGCCGGAAGCAGAGCUGCCAGGCAUGACGGACGCUCCUGGGCAGAGUGUAGAGGGAAAGGACGAGUUGUGAUGGCCAUCCAGGAAGGGCCCCAUUAGGCACCAGCUCGGCCCCGCUGGGGGAAGCGGGACAAGCUAUCGCGUUUCAGGACUCAAGCCCCCUUGACUGCAGCUUGUGGAUUCAGGACACUGAACCUGGGACUGAAGACAACUAACUUGUCAGGAACAGAGAUUUCCUUGGCCUUCCCAGAAGCCAAGGUGUAGCUGGGGCUGGAGAGGAAGCUUUGCUGGAUUUGCUUUGAGCCACAUGCCUGAGAAAAGCUUGGUGUCGCUAGUCACAUCCUGCCUCCCCAUCUCCUGCAGCGAGGACAUGACUAACCCAGGGUAAGACACUGUGAGACAUGCUCGUUCUGGGGGGAAUCAAAGUUCUGGACUGCUGGGAGGACUUCCGGUGCCUGGAGUUAGGGGGAUGCUGGUCAGGGUUGGAGCUGCAGCCAGUGAACCUCCAAAGGGCCCAUUGGUUCGAACACGCUACACAUCAUGGCAGUGCCUUCCAGUGAUAACCAGGGAAUAAAGGUUUCUUUUCUA